UUUAGAGGUUCUCUUAACCGUAUCUGUCACGUAAGCAAGUAAGGGGAGUGAGAUUCCUAUUGUUACAUAUGUACCUGCCUUGCUACUGCGAACAGAAACCAAGCUACUGCCAGUGCUGUUCAUAUCUGAUCAAGUUUGAUUUCCUGAGAGGCAUAUCAGUGUUUUCAUAAAAAAGUUUCCAAACACUUGGGAUCACGGCAGAAGGCAGCAUUUUCCUAGACUCACAUUAAAUUCGACCUGUUUAGAAGCUGUUACUCUGUCUGUCACUAGACCAGUGAACAGAUAUUUUACACGGACGAGAUCUUGGCGUGUAGGAAAAGUGGGACAUCGCUCUUGGAAAUAAAUCAAAUUCUGCAUCGACUCGAUUUUGAUCCCCGGUGGUGGAUUCCUCACAAAAACGGUACAGGAUGCAACCCAACGGGGGAUCUUACAGCCCUGCUAGUCUAGGCACGAUGGGGGCUAUGUACUAUCUACACCAACACGCACAGCAGAUGUACCCAAAUCAUCCACCCUCCGUGCCUGCCCUGACCUUAGCAGAACGACUGGCCGAUUUUAUAUUGGAAGCCCGAUAUGGUACCCACAGAAAGCAACGGCGCAGCCGCACUGCGUUCACCAACCAACAGUUAGCCGCGCUGGAGAAAACAUUUGCUAAGACACAUUACCCGGAUGUAGUGAUGAGAGAGAGACUUGCGAUGUGCACCAACUUGCCUGAGGCGAGAAUACAGGUCUGGUUCAAAAACCGUCGGGCAAAGUUCCGUAAGCAGCAGCGUUGCAAGUCAUCAUGUGAUGACAACAAGAACGUAGAUGUUGAAAGCAAAGGAGAGACCAAAGAAGGUACAAAGCCAGAGGGUGCCACGACCACCACAGCUGAGGCUGAGAGCAAGGGACCCGACGACGCAUCGGGCGGUACCAUCAAUCCCGCACGCUCGCAUGCCUCCGCCGUCGAUGGUGGAAUGGAAAACUACCCAUCCUCAAGCUCCACGGAGCGAAUUCAAUACGUGGAGGGUAGUACUCCUGGCGAAACCAUCUGUUCUCAUGAAGAAUUGGCGGUGGGUGGAGAUGAAGAUUCUGAGAAAGGUGAAACUGAUGACGACAAUGAUGACGAUAAUGAGGAGAACACUGCAGCGGAUGAAGACAAAGAACAUACGGAAGAUAGCAGGGAGACCAGGAGCGAUGUCCAGUCCAUCAAUUUAAAGAUCGAACAAGUACACAACAAGGAGGAGGAGAGUAACACUGAACCAGCCUUAGACGACAGUACCACGGUUUCACCUGUAAGAAGCCUCAGUGAAUCCAGCGAGGGCAACUGGCUUAUGGAUUCCCUCCGGGGUGCAGCUCUGAGGACUGGAGCGGGGCCAUCAAACGGCCUCCCUCACCAGUUGAUGGAGGUUGCAUGCCGAUCUGGGACCCCCCAUCAGCAUCCUAUAGUCGGUCACCUCCAACCCAUCCCCUUGGACCUUCUUUACCUCAUGCAGCGUCAGGCAGGACCGGUCGGGCACGGUGGCCUCCACAGUGGUAUGUUCCGGCCGCCGAUAGCUGUCCAGCCAGGGCCUUUUCUCCGGAUGGACCACCCAUCUGGGCUUCUGUCUGGGUUCCUGCCCUCCGUAUCCCUCCCACCUAACUGUAACUGGAAUCGCAUGAGGUUUUUACCUGGCAUGGGGUCACCACCACCCCAGCUUCCCCCAUUGCCGCCAGCGGCUGCCACUGCUGCGGCAGCGGCAGCUGCUUCAGCCGCCAGUUCUGCUACGGAUAACGUUCAGGAAGGGACUGUGCACUGCAACUCCAGUAUUGAGAGUUUACGGUUGAGGGCCAGACAACAUGCAGCAGCCAUAGGGUAUAACCACAUACGCUGAGGACUCAGUAGCAUUUCAAGUAAUGGGUCAGCAACAUGGGAUGGCCAAACCGUUGAGUCAUCUAUUCCAACAUAUUCGAUUUUUGGGUCAGUUUUAAACUACCACUUGUUGUUGUUGUCUUUGUCAGACUUCACUCAGUAUAUUGAUUGUGUUGUUUUGCCCCUUUUUUCUUUUACUCUUGGUACAUUUUUUAAAGUUUCAAGUAAUUGCAAAGUCAUGUGUCUAUAUGUAAUAUAGACCUGCAUCUUUCAUCUUGUUAAAGUGACAUAGAAAAGUUUAAAAAAGGUUAUUGGAGGAUGUGUAGUGUGCUUAUUAUAAUUAUAAACUUGUUUGUACAUAAUGGAUUAACGUUAUGAAUACUGAAUAAGUUGAGAUUCUAGCAUCUUGUUAUUCUACAUUGAACACUAUGAGGUAGUUAGUUGUGUUAUAUAUUAUUCCAUGUAGAAAUUGCACUACGGUUGCCAGAAGUCCGCCUUAUCAUUCUGUUAAACUGUACUUUUUCACGCAUCUUCUUAAACCUAUUUUCUAGGAGUUGCUUGUUUCCAGCGGACGCAGUCCGUUUACAUUUUCACCUAAAAAUCCUACAGCUCGUUUAUGUUCCCCUGCAGCACUGACUUUUACAUUCCUUUUCCGGUCUGAUUUUGCUAAUAAAGUACCUUGAUUAAACAUAGUACUGCUUAUAUUGAAGAACAGAGACUGACAAAUAGAAGACAAAAUCAUAAAGAAAUAGCACGUAUAAUAAAAACAAUAGUAAUAAUAAUGUCACCGCACUUACAAGGCGUACAGCUUUUAAAGUGUCUGUCACUCUAAUAACACCUUCAUAUAUAAACAAUUAUACUUGUAAAAGACUGUAACCAUUCAAUCAUGUAAUUGAAACCACAUAUAUAUUAGUGCCUUUGCUGCUUGAAAGUUGCAAACAUUAGUGUUUUGAGGGUUUGUGGUCGAAAUGUCCACCUUUGAAAAUUUAGAAAUAAAGUAAAAAAUAUAAUCAGCAGCAUUUACGAUGACAACGGCACAAUAGACGAUUAGAAGUUUCUGUACCUGAAAAGAAAUGGCGUACGAUGUGCACUUUAAAUUGUAUAGCAUCUUAGUAGAAUAAAUUUCUUGCCGCGGUACUCACGGCAGUGGCGUAUCCAGCGGGGACAUGCUACCAAUUUCCUUUUGGGGAAUCGAAAGUACUAUAUAGCAUUUUUAAAAAUGGUACUACAGCCAUUCUUUAGAGUGCAGAUUCUUUUAAGGAUCAAAAAAGAAAAAAAUUUUUUACAGAAACAAACUCCCGUCUCCACCAUGAAGAAGGGGAAAAAGUUUUCCAGGGCGACAAUUAAACAUAAUUAACAGUGUAAAUCGAGUUUGUGUGUACAUGAUAAUCUGGUCUAACACUGGAGCAGAGUGUUGUAGCCACCCCAUCACUGGCUAACCACAAACAGCUAUUAGUCCCCCAUCUGACAUGGGCUGGGGAAAAUAGCGUGUCCCAGGUCUUGUGUUAAGGGGGAAUAUUGAUUAAAAAAAACUGUCCAAAAUUUUUUCAUCUGUAAAAGAAUCGUACUCCCCUAGAAAAAAGGUAGUGGUUCCAUUUCUAAAAUGCCAACGCUUUCAAUUAAAAAUGGAAACAUGUUUGGGGGUGCAACUUGCCUGUGCCUCCCGCCACUGGUUUGGGAUGGUCCCAUCUCCCACACCCAUCGCCGCCUGUGCAAUAUACAGUCAAAGAUUUAAAACACGAGCUGCGUUCCCAGUUUAACUCACUGAUCUCACGAGCGUCAUCGGCCCUUUCAUGCAAACGCCCACGGUGGUCAUGUAUUCCGAUUGGGGCAGGGACGUGCGGGCGCAGCCGAUAGCGCGUCUCCCCAGAGAAUAUACCCGCCUGCUUGUCCUAAAAGUGAUGACGUCGCUUAAUCAUCUAAUUCGUCAUGUCAGUGCCUGGCAGGCCACUGCCUGAAAUGAUUGAAUCCUUUUCCAUUACGUUGAUUUUUUUCUCUCUCGAUCUUCUACAUUGAAGGGUUAAAUUUGCCCAUCCCGUAACAAUUUUAAGACAGUAAUUAAGGUAAAAUUUGGCAAUAGACGUGUUCCGCAGUAAAUCCUUAUACAUACAACUAAACGCUUUAUAUCGUCAGUGAAUUGUUUCUGUAGUUUUGAAAACAACAAUAAACGGUCUAGCGUGUUGCAAAUCAUUGAUUGUGCAAUAGAAGAGUUUGGAACUACAUAUAGUG